CUUUUUUGUCUCACGUUUUUGUUUUUACCAUGGCCGUCUCCAGCCACACUGAGCCCAGCCCCCUGUGGUUCUCCAGACCUGACCAAAUGGGACAAAAUCUUCUCAAUGCUGGAGAACAGUCAGAUGAGGGAGAACAUGUUGCUUCAGUAUGCGGAUGACAUCAUCAAGGUGGAGAUGGGGUCACUGCGCGGAGAAAUGCUCAGGUUUGUAGCCCAGUAUGGUGGCUCCUGUGGGGUUGCAGUGGAAACAGCGGGAAGAAGAAUGGCCUUGCAGCUGGAGGGCCGCCUCAGAGAGACCCUGGAGCGCAUCAGACCCAGAGAUCACACUUCUACUGCUGCUGCUGCUGCUGCUGCUGGGAGUCCUGUCGGGAAUUCAAACCACCUGGAGGCGAUGCUACAGCAGCUCCUCUCGGCAGCGCGAACACAAGCUUCCCGACUCGCCAAGCUGGAGAGCAGUUGCUUCAGCAGCCCAGGAGUUGGGAUGAGGAUGAAUUCAAAGACAGGAUCCCAGCUUACAGAAGGUGGAGGGGCUGGGAACCGGGAGCAAGAGGUCACAUCACGAGAGGUGGCUUUAGACGGUGUGCUGGCUGAGCUGCAACAGACGAGGGUGGGACUGGAAGAAGUGCUGAGGUCAUCGAGGCAAAGAUACUUACCCGCAGGUUGUGAGAUGGCGCUCCUCUUUCCCAUGCGUUCCCGCCGAAUCUACACCUCCGUCAUACCCGAUGUCCCUCUCUCCCUCUCCUCCUUCACUGUCUGCAUGUGGGUAAAGCCGACCGCCGUCUCCAACAGAACCGUGCUGUUCUCCUACGGAAACCGCCGCAACCCGUAUGAGAUCCAGCUGUUGCUCAGUCAAACCUCUGCGCUCUUCACCAUCGGAGGAGAGGCUCACCUGGUGGAGGCACAGGGCGUGUUGAACCCAGGAGGCAUGUCAGAGUGGAUCCACUUGUGCGGGGCUUGGUCAUCUGAGCAAGGCCUUGCGUCCCUGUGGGCAGGCGGGAGAAAGGUGGCCUCCACACCCGGAGUGGCUGAGGGACACGUCUUACCCGACGGAGGCUCACUCCAGCUGGGGCAGGAAAGGAACGGCUGCUGCCCUCAGUCUCCGAGCAGCGAGAGUGGGGUGCCAGGGUUUGAGGGAGGGUUCGAUCCCAAGCAGGCGUUCGCGGGGAAGAUGACAGGGGUGAACAUGUGGGACAAGGUGCUGUCAGAGGAAGAGAUUUCCCAGCUGGCUUUGUGGGAGGGCCAAGGCUGCGAGCAGAGGGGGAACAUGGUGGCAUGGGGAGUGACGGAGAUGGUGCCACACGGAGGUGCUCAGUUCAUCAACUAACAGUUUACGCUUACGCUUUGGGGUGGAAAUUGUCAUCAUCAUCACCAUCAUCAUCAUCGUGAAUAUCAGCAACAUCGUAAUAAGCUUUCAUGCUAAAAGUGGAGAGAACAACUUACAUUUUAUCAUCAUCAUCUGUGUCUCUAUAGUUAAUUAUUACGUUAUUAUCAAAACUUCCAUCAUCCACAUCACUAUUAUCAUGAACACUAAAGCUGCAAUGAACUUUACUGCGCACGUUCAAAUGAGAGAAAGCCAACGCUGUGAGAGACUGUAGUUUAUUUUUGUGACAUAACUUUUUGAACUGCGGCCAUAACACACACACACACACAGACAUACUGCACAUUCAGUAUAAAAAACGUACUGUAUUGUAGCAGGACAAAUGCUGCAAGCGGCAUUUACCAAAGACUUAAUUAGACUGCAAGAAAGACAAAGAGUCUAUUGUCAAAGUGAACGGGUUCUGAGCCAGCAAACAGAGUAAUCACCAGACAGCCAUGCAGGAAAGGGAAAUAAGAGGUCACAGACAAUUACAAGACCUUAUCUUGUAACUGUAGAUUGAUUUUUGUUUUAGAGCAGUAAUGCAUUUUCUCUCUUUCUAUCUAGAUUUGUACAGAAAUGGCAAGUGCAGUUAAUCGAUUAUCAAUACAAAGCCUGUUUAACAUUAAAAUAAUUAAAUAUUUGCUUUUCUUCCUUUGCAGUCUUAGGUACAAAGAUUAGAAGUUGAAUAUUGACUGUCAUCUAUCCCCAUUACAACUGAUAGCAGAGGUACCAUACUAAUGUGUUAAUAAUGUGUUGUAAUAUAAUGUACAACACAUAAUGUAUGAAAUACCUGUGUGACGGAAAACUGCUGUACUUGCUUUCAUUUCGAGCAUUGCCAACUAGCAAUUCUUUUUUAGCGACUUAUUAUUACUUUAAUCUCGUAAAUUUCGUGAAUUUGUGAAAGCUUUUAAAGCAACCUUACAUUUCCAAACUUGUACUUAUCAAAGUGUUUACAUUCAUAUGAGUUAUAUAAUUUCAGUUCUGCUUUGUUAGUUUUUUGUCAGUAGUUCAUUUAAUAUUAGGAUAAUAAAUGUGUCUUUUUUUAAUACUGCAUAAAGAGUAAAACUGUUAUAUUUGUAAUGUGAGAUUGACAUUGUUUUUUUUUAUUUUAUAAAAGAAACUGAGGACAAUGUUUACACAAUCUAAUCUUCUAUGAACUAAGUUGUCUUGUAUUAUACUGUAAAUUGCUUGUGUUGUUCUUGUGAAAAGGUGAAACUGAAUGUAUUUUGUACAUAAAUAUAUUUUGCAUUACGUGACUGGAUGAAUGGAGAGUGAGGUAUGAAUAAACAUUUUGAUUUAUA